AUGGCGUGCGGUGGCGGCCAUGACGUGGUCGCGGCCGCUCAACAGAGGCUUGAGGCAUUGAAAUAUCUCGCGGAAGCUAUCGAGACGGAGCAGGGGCUCAAGGAGGGCCACUUGCGACAACUGCAAAGACGAUUAGAGGACCUGCAACGGGAAAAGGAGUCUGUACGCGACCGCACACGCGAGGUUAGUGCCGAUACUGCCGUUGUUCUGAAUGAACUGCGCGCUGUGGAGGAACUUGAGAUGCUAGACAACAUGCUCGUGGAGAAGAACACGCAGUUACUCUUGCGGCAGGUGCGGCAAGACUCACUCCUCCAGCAACUGGCCAACAUGGAGGCUACAAUAGAGGAUAGUGCGCAUGUGAAGCGGUGGCGGAUGGCCGAAAGCACAUCAGAAGUGCAAGCUUCUGAGUGCGAAGCCGAGUGGGAAUUUUUCUGCGGGCGUCUGCGGCGCCGCGUGGACGGAGUAGACCGCUGCUGUCUUGGUCACACCUUCCACUUGGUGAACCAUCCCGUUUCGGUAUUCCACCAAAGCCUGCGCAAGAUGUAUCGCAUGGCAUGUAAUCGUGAGGAAGAGCUGGCUCUACAGCUCGAGUCCGUCGAUGCACAGUUGGAGCAUGCGACAUCACUUGACGACGCGCUGCGCGGCAUUGAGGCUGAUUACAAACACGAAAUGGGAGGACUAGAGCGCGGCAACCAAGAUGAAGUGCAAGCCUUGGAGGAAGCAGCGUCAGUGGAAAAUAUGGAGCUGUGCAAGGCCCUUCAGGAGGCCAUGGACACGCGCCGCCUCCUCAUUGGGCAGUUGCAGGCCAAAGGAUUUGACCCCGUAGGGGACGAGUUCCAACACCCAUCCUUGAUUGGUGUUCUGGAGAACGCACCGUUGGUGCCGAGUGACCAGCAUGACAUGGGCUGUUGUGAAAAUUCCGUCAAUGGCAGUUCGGGUGGCACAGAAAAGACGUCGCUAAGGUCCGCAGUAAUCCUCCAGCGGCCACGACUGAGUGAUGGCGGCUCUGCGUCUGAAGCUGGAGUUUUCAAUGCCGCCACGACUGUCGGGGCCACCGCAACUUCGGAUGCGGUAGUUAAGACAAUCUCUCCGGUUGGGGAUUCUGCGCCGACUGGAAAGGGUGCAGGGGCGGAGUUGUUGAAGUCUCAGGUUGCCGCAGCAGAAAGAGAUGUGCAUCGGCUUCAGCAGGGGUAUGAAACACUAAAGGAGGAAGCCGAUCGAGCAGUUCGCGAGUACAAAACCAGCUUAAACGCCUUAGAGGUGAAGCUUCGUGCAGCGUGUGAUGCAGUUGCAGUGCUUCAGAAGGAAAAAUCCGAAUGGGAAGCCCUCCAGCAGCAAAUGUCCCUAAUGGUUCCUUAG